AUGGGUGUCUACCGCAUCCGCGUGUCCACUGGGGACUCGCUCUAUGCGGGCUCCCUCAAUCAGGUCCAACUGUGGCUGGUGGGCCAGCACGGGGAGGCGGCCGUCGAGACACGCCUGCGGCCGAUGCAGGGCAAGGAGGAGGAGUUCAAAGUGGACUUGUCGGAGUACCUGGGGCCUCUGCUCUUCGUGAAACUGCGCAAACGGCGCCUCCUUCAGGAUGACGCCUGGUUUUGCAACUGGAUCUCCGUGCGGACCCCUGGGAGCAGCGGGGAUGAGUUCAGGUUCCCCUGUUAUCGCUGGGUGGAGGGCGAUGGAAGUGGGAAGAAGAUGCCUAAUUUCCAUGACAGCCCUUACCAUCCUCUCCCCCGCAUCCAGGGACACACCCUGUUUGAAGCUGACUUCUCUCUGCUGGAUGGGAUCAAGGCCAAUGUUAUUCUGUGUAGCCAGCAGCACCUGGCAGCUCCCCUGGUGAUGCUGAAGCUGCAGCCUGAUGGGAAACUCUUGCCCAUGGCCAUCCAGCUCCAGCUGCCAAGCUCAGGAUCUCCCCAUCCACCACUCUUCCUGCCCACAGACCCCCCAAUGGUCUGGCUCCUGGCCAAAUGCUGGGUCCGGAGCGCAGACUUCCAGCUUCAUGAGCUACAGUCUCAUCUUCUGAGGGGACACUUGAUGGCUGAGGUGUUUGCUGUGGCCACCAUGAGGUGCCUGCCAUCGGUCCAUCCUAUCUUCAAGCUUAUGCUUCCCCACCUGCGGUACACCAUGGAAAUUAACCUCCGGGCCAGGACCGGGCUGGUCUCUGACUUAGGAGUUUUUGAUCAGGUGGUGGGCACAGGUGGAGGGGGCCACGUGCAGCUGCUCCAGAGAGCUGGAUCCUUCCUAACCUACCGAUCAUUUUGUCCCCCUGAUGACCUGGCUGACCGGGGGCUCCUGGGAUCUCCCAGCUUUCACUUCACCCGAUCCUGGCCUCUUGCAGGGUUUCCCACAUCCUUACAGACUCGGGAGCAGGCUUGCCACUUCAUCACCAUGUGUAUCUUCACCUGCACUGGCCAGCAUUCUUCCGUUCACCUGGGCCAGCUGGACUGGUACACUUGGGUUCCCAACACACCCUGCACAAUGAGGCUGCCCCCACCCACCACCAAGGAUGCGACGCUGGAGACCGUCAUGGCAACGCUGCCCAACUUCCACCAGGCUUCUCUUCAGAUGUCCAUGACUUGGCAAAUGGGCAGACGUCAGCCCGUGAUGGUGGCUCUGGGCCAGCACAAGGAGGAGUAUUUCUCAAGUGCCGAGCCCAAGGCUGUGCUGAAGAAGCUCAGGGAGGAGCUGGCUGUGCUGGAUAAGGAAAUCGAGAUCCGGAAUGCAAAGCUGGAAAUGCCCUAUGAGUACCUGAAGCCCAGUCUGAUGGAAAACAGUGUGGCCAUCUGAGCCACAAAUAGACCCCUUAGCAGUUUGAGUCUGACCCCCUAGACCUUGCCACUCUUCCCACUCCCACUUUCCCUAAAGAGUGACUUUGUAAUUUGCCCCUCAUGGAAUAUUUGUUACCCUAGAUGCACCACCCAGGGACCUCUGUCCCCCUUCCUUGUUUCCCCUCUGACCACUGUCCUCCCUCGUUAUUCAGAUCUUCCACCUGGCACAUAAUAAAA